AUGACAGGGAAAGUGACGAUAGAGGAAAGCACUGACAAGGAAGAUGCCAACGAAUACGAGGCUGAGGCUGAGGCUGAUGCUGACGCUCAGGUGCCCAACCACGCUGACAAAGAUGUCAAUGAAUCACCUAGGGAUUUGGGUGAUUUGGAAGGACGCUGCUCUCCAAAUAUUUUGAAUCACAACUGA